AUGGAUAAUACACAUUUCAUAGAAAAUGAAUCACUUCAUCAAACGGUUUUAAUUCGAGAGCAAGAUGACCAAUUAGAUUCAUUAUAUGGAACUGCUCGAGAACAUGUAGAACGAUCACAUGGAAGAUUAGAAAGUGUUAAGAAUAAAGUGACAUGGAUUCUUCAACAUAAUGAAGCGGCUUAA